AGGGGGCCGCGGGCGCUGAGGCAGCAGGUUUUUAUUCGCUAUGCCCCUUUGGAAGGAGCUCACUAUGACAGGGCAGAGUCUGAAGGCUUUAUCUGAAGCGAAUUUUGAAGACAAUGAGAUCAGCAUCAACGUUGGCGGCUUUAAGAAAAAGAUGAGAUCCAACACGUUAUUGAGAUUCCCCGAGACCAGACUGGGCAAACUGCUGAGCUGCCAUUCAAAGGAGUCGAUACUGGAGCUCUGCGACGACUACGACGACACCAAGAAUGAAUUUUACUUUGACAGGAACCCUGAGCUCUUCCCUUACGUGUUACAUUUUUAUAACACUGGCAAGCUCCAUGUGAUGGGUGAACUCUGUGUGUUUUCUUUCAGCCAAGAGAUUGAAUACUGGGGAAUCAAUGAAUUCUUUAUAGACUCGUGCUGCAGUUACAGCUACCAUGGGAGGAAAAUGGAGCCAGACCAAGAGAAAUGGGAAGAACAAAGUGACCAGGAAAGUACCACAUCAUCUUUUGAUGAGAUUUUGGCUUUCUACAAUGAUGCCUCUAAAUUUGACAGACAACCCUUUGGAAAUGUCAGGAGGCAGCUCUGGCUUGCUUUGGAUAACCCUGGUUAUUCAGUCUUAAGUCGAAUCUUCAGUGUCCUUUCAAUAGUAGUGGUGCUGGGCUCCAUCGUGACCAUGUGCCUGAACAGCCUCCCAGACUUUCAGAUUAUGGACAGCAAUGGCAACCCUGAGGAAGACCCUCGAUUUGAAAUCGUGGAACAUUUUGGUAUUGCAUGGUUCACUUUUGAACUGGUGGCGAGAUUUGCAGUAGCUCCUGACUUUUUAAAAUUUUUCAAGCAUGCCCUGAAUCUGAUUGACCUUAUGUCUAUCCUCCCAUUUUAUAUUACCCUAGUUGUCAACUUGGUGGUGGAAAGUAGUCCAACUUUAGCAAAUUUAGGUAGGGUGGCACAAGUCCUGAGACUCAUGAGGAUCUUCCGCAUCUUAAAGCUUGCUAGACACUCAACAGGUCUCAGGUCUCUUGGAGCCACCUUAAAGUAUAGCUACAGAGAGGUAGGGCUUCUUUUGCUUUAUCUCUCUGUUGGCAUCUCCAUUUUUUCAGUAGUGGCUUACACCAUUGAAAAAGAAGAUAACGAGGGGUUAGCCACCAUUCCUGCUUGUUGGUGGUGGGCUACAGUUAGCAUGACCACAGUUGGCUAUGGAGAUGUGGUGCCAGGGAGCACUGCUGGCAAGUUGACGGCAUCUGCAUGCAUCCUAGCUGGUAUCCUAGUGGUAGUGCUUCCUAUUACACUGAUCUUCAAUAAAUUCUCUCACUUCUAUAGGCGUCAGAAGCAGUUAGAGAGUGCCAUGAGAAGCUGUGAUUUUGGUGAUGGUAUGAAAGAGGUUCCAUCAGUCAACUUAAGGGACUACUAUGCCUAUAAAGUUAAAUCCCUUAUGGCCAGUCUUACCAAUAUGAGCAGGAGUACCCCCAGCGAACUGAGCCUGAAUGAUUCACUGCAUUAGCGUACAAGUUUGACAGCAGUUUGCAUGAGAGUUUUCAAGAGCUAUGUUUAUAAAUGUUUUCCUAUUUGUCAUCUUU